GUUCUUGUUACUCUUUUUAGCAAAUGGCGGAUGACGCCGGUGCUGCGGGAGGCCCCGGAGGCCCCGGAGGCCCCGGGGGCCCUGGCAUGGGAAGCCGUGGUGGCUUCCGCGGAGGCUUCGGCAGCGGCGUCCGGGGCCGGGGCCGGGGUCGCGGUCGGGGCCGGGGCCGAGGCCGCGGAGCUCGCGGAGGCAAGGCCGAGGACAAGGAGUGGCUCCCCGUCACCAAGCUGGGCCGCUUGGUUAAGGACAUGAAGAUCAAGUCCUUGGAGGAGAUCUAUCUCUUUUCUUUGCCUAUCAAGGAAUCUGAGAUCAUUGACUUUUUCUUGGGGGCAUCUCUCAAGGACGAGGUUUUGAAGAUCAUGCCUGUGCAAAAGCAGACCCGUGCUGGCCAGCGGACCAGGUUCAAGGCGUUUGUCGCCAUCGGGGAUUACAACGGACAUGUUGGUUUGGGCGUGAAGUGCUCUAAGGAGGUAGCCACUGCCAUCCGUGGGGCCAUCAUUCUGGCCAAGCUCUCCAUCGUCCCCGUGCGACGAGGCUACUGGGGGAACAAGAUCGGCAAGCCCCAUACCGUCCCUUGCAAGGUGACUGGCCGCUGUGGCUCUGUGCUGGUGCGCCUCAUCCCUGCCCCCAGGGGCACUGGCAUCGUCUCAGCCCCUGUGCCCAAGAAGCUACUGAUGAUGGCUGGAAUUGACGACUGCUACACCUCUGCCAGGGGCUGCACUGCCACGCUGGGCAACUUCGCCAAGGCCACUUUUGAUGCCAUUUCCAAGACCUACAGUUAUCUCACUCCUGAUCUCUGGAAAGAGACGGUGUUCACCAAGUCUCCGUAUCAGGAAUUCACUGACCAUCUUGUAAAGACCCACACCAGAGUUUCUGUGCAGAGGACCCAGGCUCCAGCUGUAGCCACCACAUAGUUUUCUAUAAGAAAAAUAAAGUGAAUGAAGCUAGUU